AUGUCUUUUUUAACUCAACACAUCCCAGCUAUGGCUGGCGAUUCUAGGAAUGCUAUGAACCAGGACAUGGAGAUUGGAGUCACUCCCAGGGACCCGAAGAAGAUUCCCAAACAGGCCCGCGAUUACAUCCCCAUCGCCACCGACCGCACUCGCCUGCUAGCGGAAGGCAAGAAGCCCCGCCAGCGCUACAUGGAAAAGAGUGGCAAGUGCAACGUUCACCAUGGCAACGUCCAAGAAACCUACCGAUACCUUAGCGACCUCUUCACCACCCUGGUGGACCUCAAAUGGCGCUUCAACCUUCUGGUCUUCACCAUGGUCUACACCGUCACUUGGCUGUUCUUCGGUUUCAUUUGGUGGCUGAUUGCUUACAUCCGGGGUGAUCUGGACCAUGUUGGUGACCAAGAGUGGAUUCCUUGUGUUGAAAACCUCAGUGGCUUUGUGUCUGCCUUCCUGUUCUCCAUUGAGACUGAAACCACCAUUGGGUAUGGCUUUCGGGUGAUCACAGAGAAGUGUCCAGAGGGAAUCAUACUUCUCUUGGUCCAGGCCAUCCUUGGCUCCAUCGUCAAUGCCUUCAUGGUGGGGUGCAUGUUUGUCAAGAUCAGUCAGCCAAAGAAGAGAGCAGAGACCCUCAUGUUCUCCAACAAUGCAGUCAUCUCCAUGCGGGACGAGAAACUCUGUCUCAUGUUCCGGGUGGGGGACCUUCGCAACUCUCACAUUGUGGAGGCCUCGAUCCGCGCCAAGCUCAUCAAGUCCCGGCAGACCAAAGAAGGGGAGUUCAUCCCCCUGAACCAGACGGACAUCAACGUGGGCUUCGACACUGGGGAUGACCGUCUCUUCCUGGUGUCUCCACUCAUCAUCUCCCAUGAGAUCAAUGAGAAGAGCCCUUUCUGGGAGAUGUCUCGGGCCCAGCUGGAUCAAGAGGAGUUUGAAGUUGUGGUCAUUCUAGAAGGGAUGGUGGAGGCAACAGGCAUGACUUGCCAAGCACGGAGCUCCUACAUGGAUACCGAGGUGCUCUGGGGCCACCGAUUCACGCCAGUCCUCACGCUGGAAAAGGGUUUCUAUGAGGUGGACUACAACACCUUCCACGACACGUAUGAGACCAACACGCCCAGCUGCUGUGCCAAGGAGCUGGCGGAGAUGAAGCGGGAAGGCCGGCUCCUCCAGUACCUCCCAAGUCCGCCCCUGCUGGGGGGCUGUGCUGAAACAGAGCUGGAUACAGAGGCUGAGCCGGAGGGAGAGGACGAGCCUGAGGGUCUGAGUGGGUCCCGGGAGAACAGGGGCUCUGUGUGAGGAUGGUACUUGCC